AUGGCUGCAGCGACCCUCGACGAAGUCAACAGUAGGUCUUCCUUCAAAAUGAGGCGCAUCAUUUGCUGAUAGGCGAAAGACCAAUUGAAGGCGGUCAUCCAUAACCUGUACGUGUUGAUCACGCAGGCACAUGACUAUCAUGGGACGGAGACGCAGCGCGGGAUGAGCGCUGAAAUGUAGGUACUCAUGGACGUCACUGCUAGUAUCGAAUCUAACACAUUUUAGCCGCACUCUCGUCCAGAAUCUCCAGACCCUUUCACUAACCGCCAAGAAUUUGCCCACGCACAUCCCGUGGGAAAUCAUCCAAUACGUGGAGAACUCGCGCAACCCGGACAUCUACACGCGAGAGUUCGUUGAGCUGGUCAUACGCUACAACCAGCAACAGAAAGGACGCAGCGAGGCGUUCGCCCACUUCCGUGACAUUCUUGGCGCGAAGAUGGCAUCCGGCAUACCUGAGAUCCGAGACGACGUCAGGAAAGUUGUUGAGUCAACUGGAGGGCAUCUGGAAUAG